GUAAAAAAAACUGUGCAUUGACUAUCAUAUUCAUGUCAGGGAUACAAGGGGGCGAACCCGCGACGGUGGGCGGGUGCGAGCGAUUGCAGCGGGCGCUGCUCGAGUGCCACCGGCGGAUCCCACCGGGACCGACACGGGAGUCCGCCUGCCGUCACCUCAACCGAGCGCUUGCUGAGUGCGCGGUUUCAGUCGCCUGCCCCAACGAAUCAGAGGCGGUGCGCAGCCUCUGCUCCAGCGGCGGGACCGCCCUUAAACGCUCACAGUGCCAACAGGCGCAGCUCUCUCUUGCUGUUUGUCUCUCUUCCCUUCAGCAACAGUAAAACCAUCUGUUCAUCUCCUAAAUCCAAGCCCUCAAAACAGCAGCAGUGAAUUAGCUUCUAUGGUGUACGUGUGCUUUGAUUUAAUUCAUUGUUUUUUUUUUUUUUCUUCCUCGUACGGUUUUCGAAUGUGUGUUCAUUUGUUACCUUCUCUUUUUCUCGAAUCAGAUUUCGAGUUUUAUUAUUUUGUUCUUCGGGAGACGCUUGCAGUUAGAUAAAGAAGUUUGUAAUUUUUUCCCCAUUUCGUUGUAUCCCUACAAUUUUAUUGGAACUAAUGGAAUUCUCUGGAUAUAUAACUCUUUGGUAUAA